AUGGCCUGCAUUGAUAAGGCCAUUUUGGGAGUGUCUCAAGAACCCGGAUGGCCAACCUGGAUGGCCCAGCCUCUCACACAAAAUCAGUCUCCGCCAUCGCCAUGCCGCCAACCAUCACCCACGAUGUCGUUGCUGGAGCAGAGCCAGAUAGCCAGCGCAUCCACGAACCAUGGAAUGGACAGGUCAGGCGGCAGUACUCAGCAUCGACGACACGCGACGGACGCUGAUGGACCAGGUGGUUUGAUGAGCCAAUUUUCCCCAGCCAGUUCGCACUAUCAUUUCCACCGGGGGAAUGCCGUCUCUCCCUUGCACCGCCAUUCUGAGGCCGUAGAAUAA